CCUAGUGGCGAAUGGUGGGGUGGGGGUGGUUAGUAGCAAGAUAAAAGGAGAAAAUGUCUCUUGUCCUGCUUACACACACAAACACACUCACCACGUGCCUGCCUGUCAGUCUGUCGGUCUGUGGACGCAAAAGAAGAGGAGAUCCACCAUCUGAAGCACUAAUUUGAAAAUUCUUACCAUGGAUACAGAAGAGUUUCGCCGCAGAGGGAAGGAGAUGGUGGACUAUGUUGCAGACUACCUGGAGAACAUCGAACAGCGACCGGUCUACCCAGAUGUGGAACCUGGGUAUCUUCGUUCCCUGAUCCCCACUGAGGCCCCACUGGAGCCUGACAAUUAUGAUGAUAUUAUUAAAGAUGUGGAGAGGGUUAUAAUGCCAGGGGUCACCCACUGGCACAGCCCAUACUUUUUUGCCUACUUUCCAGCUGCUUCCUCUUACCCUGCCAUGUUGGCUGAUAUGCUGUGUGGAGCCAUAGGCUGUAUUGGAUUCUCCUGGGCUGCCAGUCCAGCCUGCACGGAGCUGGAGACAGUGAUGCUAGAUUGGCUGGGGAAGAUACUGAACCUGCCUGAGCAUUUUAUAGCUGGGACUCAUGGCCACGGAGGAGGUGUCAUCCAGGGCUCAGCCAGUGAGGCAACCCUGAUGAGCCUGCUCGCUGCCCGAUGUAAAGCGAUCCGACGGUUUCAGGCCUCCAACCCCGACCAAUCAGAGGCUGAAAUCCUCUCCAAACUGGUGGCCUACACCUCAGAGGAGGCUCAUUGCUCAGUGGAGCGUGCUGCACUGAUUGGAGGAGUGAUGAUGAAGAAGGUUCCAACAGACAACAAGUAUGCAGUCGGUGGGGAUAUGUUUAAGAAGAUUCUGGAAGAGGACAAAGCAGCUGGACUUAUCCCUUUCUAUUUGUGUGCGACCCUUGGCACAACGGCCUCUUGUGCCUUUGAUCAUAUCACUGAGCUGGGGCCCAUAUGUAAUAAGGAAAACAUGUGGAUGCACAUAGAUGCAGCGUAUGCAGGGAGUGCAUUCAUCUGUCCUGAAUUUAGGCCUUUGUUGAAUGGCAUUGAGUUUGCAGACUCUUUCAACUUCAACCCACACAAAUGGCUUUUAGUCAACUUUGACUGCUCUACAAUGUGGGUAAAGAAGAGAGAGGACAUCAUUGGAGCCUUUAAGAUGGAACCACUCUACCUGAAACACGAAAACCAGGAGUCAGGUCUGGUCACAGAUUAUCGGCAUUGGGGAAUUCCACUCGGAAGAAGAUUUCGCUCACUAAAGAUGUGGUUUGUCUUCCGAAUGUAUGGAAUUCAAGGCUUACAGGCUCAUAUACGCAAGCAUGUGUGCCUGGCCAAAGAGUUUGAGAGUCUUGUACGAGCAGACAAGAGGUUUGAGAUCUGCAACGAGGUCAUCAUGGGACUGGUGUGCUUCAGGCUCAAGGGCUCCAAUAGAUUGAACGAGCGCUUGCUUAAUAGGAUCACCAAGAGCAGAGACAUCCACCUGGUGCCGUGCCAGCUCUCUGGCCGCUUUAUCCUGCGUUUCUCCAUCGGUGCACGAACAACUGACUCAAGACACAUCCAACAAGCAUGGCGACACAUCACGCAGCUGACCUUUGAGGUCCUGCAGGAGCCCAACCAUUAACCAUAAGGAUAGAAAGGGGCUGCCUACUCUAAUGCUGAAAUGAAGACAAAAUGUAAAAGGUGCAAUAUGUAUUACUGACAGCUAGUGUUUGUAAUAGUUACUACAGUACAAAUUCAAAAUACUGAAGAGAGUCGUUUUCCCCGUCCCCUCCUCCCCAGACUUGAAGUUCACAGAGGUUACCAGGCUGAAAUGUCAGCAUCCACAACAUUGUUGCUAGACGCUUUUCUCACAUAGCCAGCCAUUACUCCACAGUACAGCGGAGUAGCUAACGUUAGAUGCUGGGUAUGUUGACAGUCAUAGAAGCCUGUGCUCAUGCGGAUCUCUGUACCCACACUUUUUGCCUUAGGUAGGAACCGCUAAAAAGACAACAACCUCGCCGUCCUACGGGCUGCUGAACAGGCUACACAUUGUAAACAGCGGUCGGCCGCUUGCCUGGUCCUCAGGUAACGUUAGCAGUUAGGGUUAGCAUGGCGGCGUCAGCCAGAACCAGUCGGGAUCACUUUACUGGCUGUGUCUCUUUUUUUUUUUGCAAGUAACCAACUUGGGUAUUCUAGCUAUAUAAUUCAGUGUGAGAAUACAAAUGUUGAAAUUACAUAAAAUGCCUGUCCCUUUUAGCUGU